AUGGCCGAGAGGGAAUUUUCAAUGCAGCAGAUCUUCCCAUCACAAUAUCGGCGGGAGGGUGACUUCUACGACCAAGACAUAGUCAAAGCUGAGAUUCACAAAGCCCAAGUCGUGUGCGAUACGGCCAAGGGCCUCUUCAACCAAUUGACAAAGAAUAGGGUCUGUCAACCGCCUCAUUCUGCUUUCAUUCACCUCACUGGGUUUGGCCAGCCGGAAAUCGAUAUGAUUAUGUCUAUUUGCGAGGCCAAGGGCGCAUCCGAAAAAUGGCACCAGGUCUAUUUCACCGGCAAGGUUCCAUCAGAUGUGAGAGUGCUACCCCCAUCUGAUAGCAUCUGUUCAAGGUUGAGGCACGCACGAAAAUUCAAGCAGAUCCUCCGCAUAUACCUGCGGACCGACGGGAGUUGGAAGUGUGCAGACUCCUCUGCUGCGGAUCGCAUACAGCGGUUCGUCGAACAUCCGGAUCUAACAUUAGAAGGACUGCUGAAUGCACGACAACACCCUUCAGGAAGGAAAUUGUUAAAAAAGGACAGACUGAAUCUCGCCAUAGUUAUUGCACAAUCUUUGCUUCAUCUCUCCGGUAGUCCUCUCCUGCAAAGUCCGUGGAAUGCCGAGAAUAUCUAUAUCACGCAUAUAGCCGAUGAAGUGGUCCACAGUUGGCUACGUACCGACCUGUUUCUUGCUAGACAGUUAGCCCAAGAAUCCCCAAACGCUCAACUGGAUGAAUCACUGGAAAGCAAUCGGAAUGUCCUUGAUCUGGGGCUCCUUCUUUGGCAGCUUUUAUUCGGCCGAAAAGUCACAAUCGAGCCGGAAGACAGGGAGGACGAGGAUGAAGAUGACUUGAACCUAUCACUCUUCAAUGCCCUGAACCGCGAACAUGGCGAGUCUAAAGAGUCAUUCGUCGAGCAGCCGUGCCUGGACAUCAUCGAAAACUGCCUCAAUCUUUAUUCUUCUUUUCAGUUGGAUCAACAAACAUUUCAAGAAAAGAUCCACUGGAACGUUGUUACACCUCUCAAAAACUAUCUAGAGUUUUUCUACCAGUUUAAGAAGCCGCCCCAAAACUUGAACCAAGUCCAUACAGCCCCAUUCCCGACAUGUGCGGCUUCCGGUAAGAGUGCAAUCAAACCCAGCAAAGUCUUACAUGAAAUGAGCCGACAAGAAGUUUCAUUAGUCAAGGGGUUUAAAGUGAAAGAUGAAUGCGACAUUACAGCUGGACAGAGAAGAACGACUUCACAGCGACCAGCUUUUGUCUGGUCCAAUCUCCUGGCCUUUUCCGGAGACAUCAAGAACAGCUCCUCGUGGCUAGACAAGUUUACCAUUGUGAAUCAACGGCUAGAGGCUCUCGAACAGGUAGAUCCUCUACGCGUUAGGAUUGCCGUGCUCGACACAGGCUGUGACAUAAACAAUGAUUACUUCAACGGGCCCGGCAUCGGCCAGGAUGAGCGGCUAGAUGGCCACUGGCUCGAUUGCGUGGAAGGGUCGGAUGAAAUGGUCGACGAGGACCCUGAUAAGCACGGCACCGCAAUGGUUACUCUGUUACUAAGGCUGAUUCCGCAUGCUGAGAUAUUUGUGUUUCGCGUAGCCAAGAACAAAGACGACUUGGGCAUGGCUCAAAACCGUAUUGCACGGGCCAUUCGCUCCGCCGCACAGGAGCCUUGGAAUGUCGACAUAAUGUCGCUGUCCUUCGGCUUUGCCGAUUCAGCGCCAGGUAUAGAGGAGGCAAUUACAUAUGCCGACACGCUAAAGGGAGGCAGGAUUCUCUUCUUUGCUGCAGCCAACAACCAAGGACUGAACCAGAUGGAGAUGUUCCCUGCCCUGUACGAGUCGGUCAUACCUGUACGUGGAACCAGAUAUGACGGCUCCUUCAUCCAAACUUACAAUCCAAACACAUGGCCGCAUAGGCGAGGAGCAGAGCUUUACGGGACAAUCAGCGAGGAUGUGCCAUGUGACUGGAUAUGCGGUCAGCUUGUCAAGUCAGGCUGCUCCGUGGCAACACCAAUCGUGGCGUCCAUUGCUGCUAUGAUUAUCUGGUUUGUGAGCUGCAGAACGGCGAGUUUUGGCAAUGUAGUAGACGUCCAGAAGCUCAUUCGGACGCGGAGAGGAAUGCUGUCAGUGUUCAGCCUGAUAACCCAGGACCAGGAACACCUUAGAAGGUACUUGGCGCCUUGGCAAUUAUUCAAGGAAGGUGAUGCGAAUGGCGUUGGUGCGGUUCAUGCCAUCGGCUAUGCGUUGUUGCGACUCCCACCGUCGGAUGCACGAUAG